UUCGCGAUGUCCAAACUUACCGCCAGCGCCUCCCCCUUGGACUCAAUUCUAACUAACUAACUUAAAUUCUGUGAACGAAUAAAAUAGGAUUAUCUUAGAACUGUUAUGCUUUUGUAUCUUGAAUCAACAUAACUACAUACGAAAAAACCAAUCACACUCUCGACUUAGUAUUCAGUUACCUUUGUGAAAAUAGCCUUCAAAAGGCUUGAGCAUAGUGGACAUGCACCAUCCUGCUUUUAUGAUCGUGGUUGAUGUUCCUGACCCCUUUCGACAACCAUACAUGCAUACGGGACAUAUUAAAUAUCUACUAUAAAAUGAAUUUCACACAUUACUUGACGCCGGUUUUCAGCGACACGGUGGUUCUUCCCUGUGGAAGCCCGAAAGGAACAGCAUAGCACUCAUACAAGGGGGUUAGCCUACAAGUCAUUUGACCAGUGUAAUUAGGUGCGAACGGGUUUAUGUACCUAAUUAAUUUUGAAUAUGUCGUGAAUCAUUAACAGAACCAAAUCAAAUAAGUUACGAUUACGUAUAUAAUUGUAUAUAGUGUUAAUAUACGACUAUGGUCUUCAUUCACUUGAUUCAUAAUAAAUUUAAUUAAAAUAAAUAACUUAUGUUUGUGUUUAUUUAACGAAUACAUAGGAUACAUGACUUGUUGUAAGAAAGGGUGUUAUACUUUCAUUUCAUUUCUUUUUAUGGAUUCGCUUCAACUUCUAUACUAUGACAUUGUAUUAUCUAUGCACAUGCUGUUAUAAUAAUGAUUCUAUGGCCUAGAUCUUUGACAGAGUUUUGCACUUGAAAGUUGUCAUUGUUGAGUGUCACUUUUGAGGUUUUGUUUCAUUUCUCAAAGCUGUUCAUUUUACGAACCAUUUAUUUAUCUCUUUUAUUUACACAUUCAUAAUAUUAUUCUUUCAUACAUAUGUAGCUUUUUAACGUUACGUAAAUUUCUAUUGAUGAAAUGAACAAGAUUUUUAUAUUUUGAAAAAUGUGUAAUUUUACAUCUAUAGUUCUAGUUUGAACGUUGAAUAAUUUUACAAAUGCCCUGUUGUGAUAGAUAAUGGAUCCAAGAAUGUGCAGAAAAAUCAGUAGCAGUGAAAGUCUUCCAGAUGUUGACAAUGAGGAAUUUGAAGUAUCAAAUAUCAUCGCACCGCAAGAAAGCGAGGAUAAUUUUCUUUUGGAGGGCAGCCCAGAACCACAAACCGUGACCUGGCUUGACGACGAUCAAAUUGAAGAUCUUAAUUUAGACCAAACUAACCUAUUUUUUCAUAGAGUUGAUAGUGCUGAUAUAAUUUAUAGAAGCAAGAAAAAAAAGUGUAAAUUGGUAGGCAAAUAUGUAAUGGGUGAUAUAUUAGGGGAAGGUUCCUAUGGAAAAGUUAAAGAAAUGUUAGAUUCUGAGACUCUGUGUAGGCGUGCUGUGAAGAUUUUAAAGAAACGAAAGUUGCGGAGGAUCCCUAAUGGUGAACAAAAUGUUCAGAGAGAGAUUCAAUUGUUGCGAAUACUUAGGCAUAAAAAUGUGAUAGAACUAGUCGAUGUUAUGUACAAUGAUGAAAAGCAGAAGAUGUAUCUAGUUAUGGAGUUUUGUGUUGGUGUUCUUCAAGAUAUGUUAGAAUCAAGUCCUGGAAAGAAGUUUCCUCAGCAUCAAGCACAUGAAUAUUUUACUCAGCUCCUUGAUGGCUUAGAAUAUUUACAUGGUCAAGGUGUGGUGCAUAAAGAUAUUAAACCAGGAAAUCUGCUUUUGACACUGGACCAAACAUUAAAGAUAACUGAUUUUGGAGUUGCUGAGGCUUUGGAUAUGUUCUCACCACAAGACACAUGCUAUACGGGACAAGGUUCACCAGCCUUUCAGCCUCCAGAAAUUGCAAAUGGUGCCGAGACCUUUUCAGGCACCAAAGUAGAUAUAUGGAGUAGCGGUGUCACGUUAUACAACAUGACAACGGGGCGGUAUCCGUACGAGGGCGACAACGUGUAUCGGUUGCUGGAGGCCAUCGGGAGGGCCGAACCGCUGCCUCCGCCCACGUGCGUCGGGAGCUCCCUCUCCGCCCUCUUGGUGCACAUGCUCAAGAGGGACCCGGACCUGAGGCCCAGCGUGCAGCAGAUCAGGCGGCACGACUGGGUGCGGUCGAUCCCGCCCCUCGUGCCGGGCGAGAGGAUCGUCCAGCCUCGGUCGCGCCGGUCCGACGAGUCGCACAGCUCAACCGUCAUCCCGUACCUCGUCGAGAGGCACUACGUGUCCGCGCAGGAGUACUUCACCGAGAGAGAUCUGAGACACGAGUUGGGCGGCGGCGGUUCCGGGAGCCUCUCGACGGCGGAGCUGUCGGAGGGCGAGUCCGCGCAGGGCAAGAGGCGCUGGCACUCGUCGUGCGGCCGCCUGCCCUCGUGUCGCCUCACGUGAUGGUACUCCGAGGCGUCGGGUUCGCUUGUGUUCUCUUAGCGAUUACUAAAUUUUUGUUUGACGUCACUUGGUACGUUCAAGGUACGUUCGAACGUACCUUCAGAGAACUGAAGAAUUCAUUUAGAGAUUAAAAACGCGGUCGUAAAAUGUUCGGAAUCGUUUCGCCGCUGCAAUUGAUUAACUCGUGCAUUCGCUGACAUCGUUUGGAAUAUCGUGGAAAUGGAACGAGCCCGCCUCAAACGGUCCCCGGAUCGUUGCAGAAAAGUCCCACCGAUGAUUCAUAUUUUUGUAAAUAUUUAAUCAGUUCGGGCAGAAUCUCAACGUUGAAACGGUUCGCCUCAUUCGUCGAUAUUGUUACACUUAUUUUGGGCUACUUGAAAUUAAUUAGCCAUUAAUAGAGUUAUUCAUACUUUAAUCGAAUCGAACCAAUUCCAAUGAGACUGACGUUCGACUGUGUCUGAUUAAACGUUUUGCCAAUUCGAAUAAUGUUAUUGAAAUUGGCCGAACAGUGGUGAAAUGCGACUUCCAAAUAGUUGCCGAUUUGCAUUAAUUGUACAUUUUUAGAUUCGGCACUUUGUAUUUAAAUUACGCGUUUGACCUCAAUCUAAAAAUAUGUUCACGGUUUAAAUAAUUGUUGUUUUCUUUCUAUAAAAUGUUUUUUGCAUAUUUUUAGAAUUGUUAAGUACAAUUUUGCAAACGCUUCGUUCGCAGUCCAUUUCCAGGACCAUUUCUUCCGUUAAUUUAAAAUCACCACAGUAAUCCAAUUAAAAUAAACAUUAAUAUUAAAAUUUCAAUUUUUUUUCGAGGAUAUUUUCAACAUUUAACCUUUUCCUCCACCAUCGACCGAUCGGUGAGCCUUCAGAGAAGACGUUUAAUAAUAUCAAACAAUAAGUCUAUUCAAUUUGAGAACGUCCAAUUAAUAAAUCGUGUAUUUGGCAAAAUAAUAAACGUUUAAUAUCACUUUGCAUGCACUCGGAUCUCACUUUUAUUACUCUAUUGUGAACGUUGUAAUCGCCCACGGGCAAUGAAUGAAGAAGCGAAUGGCGUAAUUAUUAAAAAUUGUCCUGCGACAGCCUUACGAUUCGCGUCAACCUGUCGAUGCAAUGUCAGGCAAAUGAGAGCAAUGAGAGUGAAUCUCUAUGGACUCUUAAUUCUUACAAUAAUUACGCAAUUUCACUCGUAUGUAUUCGUACGGAGCACUUUGAGAUUGAAAAAAUAUGUUUGUGCAAUAAGUUGAUAUUUUAGGUUAAGGUUUUGCCACGGAGCGUUCCGAUACACGUUUGCAAAUAUCUGUAAUAUAUAGAAUAUAUAUCUCUUAUUGAAUGAAAAAGUGAAAACGUUUGGUUUACGAAGCCACCUAUUCCACCUAUUCCACCUAGGAAUUCUUUUUUAACUCCGUUAAGGCGUACAAAACUCGUAGUUGAAAGGCGGUCGUAGUGAAUGAUGAAAGGUGAGGUCCUGCGUUCCCUAGGUCAUCCUGUCAUGCUCCGAACUGAUGUGUGCCUGAACUGAUGUUGAGCAAUGUUUAACAGAAUAAAAGAGUAUAUUAAUAUAUUGUAAAUAAAAUAUCUAAAUAACA